GUUAAUUGAUGGUUACGUGCACCCGGCACUCAGUGGUUCAAGCCACGGUAUUGCUUUUGGUUCCCCUCUUUGCAGCAAUGGAAAGGCUCUACUACUACGUAGCUCCCGCAUCCACGGCAUACGGGCUGCUGUUUCUCGCGGACCUGGCUAUCCGAACGAUGCUGUUGCCGUCAGAGCGCAACGACAAUGCCCCCGUGGUCUCGCCGGCAAUGCGAUUCGUGAAAAAGUCAUUCAACUUCUGUCUCGAUAUCGUCGCCAUCAUUCCAUUUGAUCAGUUCCUGCCAAAUCCACAGCCGCUCUUGCUGCUCAAGUUCUUUGCGUGUCGCAACUUUUACUACAAGCUCAAAAAGUCGCCGCUCUUUGCGGCGUUUCUCAACUACCUCGACGAGAAGUUUGAGUUCUCCCAGGGACACUUCAUGUUUGCUUUUCUUACCACCUUUCUGCUCCUGGUGCUGCACUGGGAGGCUUGUGCACUCUGGUUGCUAGGGCGAUACAACAACUAUGCCGACUGGGUAGAUGCAUCAGUUGUCCUCCAAGAGCGAGUGCUCGCGCAGUAUAUCUGGACUUUUCAGAUGGCCAUCGCAAACACGUUCCAGAUGAGCUACAAGUCGACCGACACUGUCCAGCAAUGCAUCUUUAUUUCUUUUGUGGUGUUUGCAUCCUUGUUGUAUGCAUCCAUUAUCGCGACACUGUUCUCGUUUGUCGGAUUUGACGGCUCUGCACGGCUCUACCGGCAAAAAAUGGACACGGUCAACGAAUACCUGCGAUACAAGCAGGUUCCUGAGGUCCUCCGACAGCGCGUCCGGGACUUUUACUACGUCAAGUACAAGGGAAAGUACUUUGACGAGGUCGGCCUCCUCAGCGAGUUGAACGUGCCCAUCAUCCGAGACAUUGCCCUUUGGAACUGCAGCGACCUGAUCUCCAAGGUCGACUUUUUGUCACGGCACGAGAACGACGGACGAGACAACCUGUUUUCGUGGCAGAUUGCAAUGGCACUGGUGCCGUGCUACUUUGUCAAGGAUGAAGACAUCUUCAUCGCAGGCGAGGAGGGCGAUUCCAUGUACUUUAUCGAGACCGGCGAGUGCGAAGUAAUUGUCAAUGGCGUCUCAGUAACUCGGCUGAAAGAAGGCAGUUUCUUUGGCGAGCUAUCGCUCAUAUCGGGAGGACGACGGACGGCAACAGUCCGGGCGGCAAAGCAUUGUGUGCUGUACCGGCUGGCGAAGGACGAUUUCAACGAGAUUCUCAUCGAAUACGAGGACGUGCGCCGACGCAUCCAGCUCAUCUACCAAGACAGACUCAAGCGAUCCGAGAAGCAGGAGCGACGGAUCCGCAUCUUGGGAGUACCAAAGCAAAACAGCCUGAGCCGUUCGGUCGCGACCGGUGGCGGGUGAGGGGGAACAGAAAUGCGACGGGACCGGCGAUGGUCCAUGGAACGAGAUUGCCUGAGCGCGCCAGGAACAUCCGGGGCCUGGCCGGCGCAGCGCCGCCAUCAUGCACAAUAGAGGAGCGCUUUUGGACACUG